CUUGACUAAAUCGACGUAACUAGGAAAAUAACAAAGAAUAGCCGUCGCUGGGAAACCUACAUCAUUAGAUUGCAAGGAGAAAGGAUUUCCAAAAUGGCAAAAGAGCUGCUUGUGAAAUUAUGGGACUUUCGACCGAUUUUCUACGCUGUGAUAACCCGUGUUUUGUUCUUUAUACAUGGAUUUCUGUCUGUGUGGCUUCUAGCACACUGUUUUAAUAAGAUUGAGUUCUGGGCAACCAUUUUGGGCAUUGUUCUGUUGUUCUUCGAAAUGGUUUACACGUUACUUGCUCGCAAAGGACAAGAAUACAAGUAUUUUUGGCCAAGCUGUUUCUUCUACAUGUCUACAAUGAUUCCGGUUAUAUGGAUUUUAGAAAUAGAUCUUCUAAAACAGCGUGUAGAUCCAACACAGCCACCAAGGGUAAAUGGAACUGUACAAUCUCAAGAGAAUAUUCCUGGGUGUCUUGGAAAUGUGGGUACAUCAACACUAGCCAAACAGAUAUGUGAAUUGGGUCUGAUCAUUGGAAUAAUCAUUGGAAGAUGGCUUCUACCAAGAGGUGAGAUUACCCGUGACCAGCUGUCAGCUCUUUUAUUGGGUUAUGUUGGCACUGCAGCAGACAUUCUUGAAUUAUUUGAAGUCCUUCAAGAAGAUGUUGUUCAAGCAGAGGAGUCAGUGACAUUUGCAGUGCUAGGUGUGUAUACAUGGAGCUUGUUACAGUUUUGUCUUGUCACCACAGCCACAACUGGAAAGAACAACCAGAUAAGGAUCACAAACAACAAGGUUUCACCUGAUGAUGUCAUAAACAGGAAAAUAAGUCUCCAUAGGUAUGAAAAACAAGAAGAUCUCAAGGAGAGAUACAUUCAGAGAUUACAGAUGAAACGUCGCCAAACAGAAAUGAAUGUCUUGCGUGGAAAGGGAUACAAAGGUGAAAAGAAGGAAAAGAAAAUUUACCCAAUUACAACUGCCAGGGGAGAGGUAAAAGAGAUCUCUCGGCGAGAAAUGCUGCUUCAUGGUGACAUAUUUGGCAUCCUGACUGGCAUCUUCAUGCAAGAUGGACCAUUUUUGAUCCUGCGACUACUAUUGAUAAUCAAUUACCAAGUAUACAGUGAGAUGCAUAUUUUCUUUACAUGUAAGAAUGCCAUUGCUUUGAGUCUGCUGGUGUAUAGAUUGUGUAUUCUGACUUGUACUGGUGAAGAUGAGGAAGACCUUGAACAUGAGGAACAAGAAUCCAGGUUACAAAAUGUCCAACAAGCAGUUUUAAGUGAGAACUUUAAGAAAGCAGGUGCCAUACAACUGGCAGGUUGAUGGCAGUAAUUCUUUUUACUGCUGUUUAAUGUGGCUUUGGUACAUGUACAUGCUUCACUGAAUCAUAGCCAUCCACAAUAUUUUAAAAGCAUGGUUAUGACUUAACAGAAAUGUGUGUUUGUGACUCUGUUUUUGCCAACACUGCCUUAAUUUUUCUUUCUUUUUACAAAAAAGAGUUGCUGAGAAGUAUGUAUAAACACCUACAAGCACUUUAUUUGUAGGAUAAAAGUAGACAAUCCUGAGUAGAAAGGACUUGCCUGUUUGGGUGAUCAAUUAGAACACAAGAUUUGCUUAAUCCUACCCAAAGAGACACAAGGGAAAAAAAAUAAUCAUCGAAGUUAUUAGUGCUCAGGGAUAAACUCAGAUAUGCCAUUUUAAAUUAAAUGUUGAUUGCUGUUGAUUCAACAUCACAUUGAUGUGUAAACAAAAGAGCCACAAUGAACCUGUUGGAGUCAUUAAAAGUUACUCAUUUGCUGUUUGUUGGCUUGUUUUAACUUGACAAAGCACCAAACUGUAUUUAGCCUAUUUAAUGAACAGACAAUUACUGUACCUUGGCAUGAAUGUUACCUUUGUAUGAGGUAGCAAAUGAAUAAUCUGUACAGUACAUUUCAAACUAAUAUAAACGUGAACGCAAAUUAAAUACUCACUGUAUCAUAAAAGACUGUGAACACUACUCCAACUACAAGAACUAUGUUGAAUUUAAUAGGUUUUUAACCAUUUCACUUGUUGGCUUUUGUUUUGAUGAUCAUUUCGUUAAUGAUUAAAAAUAAUUUAGAUCAGCUUUUUUCAAACGGUAUUGUUGACUGUGAAACUCCCUUGUAAAUAGUUAUUUAUUUCAACUUAUGAUCUAUUGAAAGUCAAAUUAAAGUUCUUCUGUAUCCUUUACUUGAUUUGCCUGCAAGCUUCUCUGUUAGUGUUUACAAUUUUUUUUGUAACUAUUGUGCGCUAGGACUAGUAAAAUUUUAUCUGGUUAUUUUUAGAAGGUUUGUAAGUCAUGCUUUGUUUGAUUUGACUGGAGAGGAAAAUAUGUUUACUUCAGUUUGUAGUAUUGAGCUUCUGAAAGACAAGACAAAAACACUAUUAUACAUGCUUAAUAUCUCAUAUUUUCUGAUACUUAAGACAACUGAUAAAAACAAGGUAUUUUGUAGUGAAAUGGAGAUAGUUGUGUGUGGAAUUUUUUCCAUGAUUAGAACAUGCCUUUGAGAGGUAUUCAGAUAACGUUUUAUUUAAUGAAUCUUAAAAUCUAACUAAAGGUGGACUUAUAACCUUGUAUAUGGUGUCAGGGAUUUGCAAGCAAUAUCAUAAUAAAUACCUGCUUUCAUCAACAAGUUACACUUGAAUAAUAAGCACAGGUUUCAAUUAGUUCUUGUCUGCAAUUGACAUCAACCACAUGCUUUAAAGGCUUCACAUAUCCUUUAUAUGCUCUAAGUUACCUAAAGAAUGAACUAGAAGUUUCUAGCCAAAUUGCCUAAACCUAUUAAUGGAGGAAGUGAUGCUUAUUGUAGAGACGAUUAAUGUAUUUUGUAGAGCAGCAUGUGACAUUCAGUGUAGGUUGUAUGCUACUAACUUGUAUUGUACUAAGUAUAUUUUUUUAUAAUAACUAUAAAUAAAAUUUGAA